CCCAAUCUAGCUAAGGCAAUUUUACCAUGCUUUCUCGGGCAUGGAUCAAGAGAUGCUUUCGAUUCCUCGAUCAAAUCCCAGAACACAAAAACGCGAGAAUUCGGACAUUCUUUAAGAAGUGCCAAUCGCAUGACGGAUCCUGGAGCUGCAAUAACAGUGGUCACAAGGAACGAGGUUCGAGGUUAGGAUCUCGUGCGGGAUUGGUGUCGUCGAGAAUUCUGAUUGUUGGGUCGAGCGUGGGACUCUGUUACUUCUCGGUGAACGCAUAUUCACCAGAGAGCAAUCGAAUUUUCUCUUCGACAGAAUGCGAGGGGGAGUCGCAUGCUUCCGGCGAUGAUCUUCUCCGGGAUAUGAAAAAUGAGAAGAAAAAAAAGUUUCUAUUCGGAGAUGCCUACCGACGAAAAGUUUUCUUUAAUUACGAAAAGCGUAUCAGGAUGCAAAGCUCUCCCGAAAAGGUAUUUGAGUACUUUGCCUCGAUCGAAAGACCUUCAGGAGAGGUUCUCAUGACACCAGCCGAUCUAAUGAGGGCAAUCGUCCCAGUGUUUCCUCCGUCGGAAUCGGAUUGGGUUAGAGAAGGAUCACUGAAAGGGGAGAGAACCACCCCGGGAAGGUUAUAUUGUCGUUCUUCGGAGUUCUUCAUGCUCUUCGACACAAAUGGCGACGGAUACAUCUCUUUUCCAGAGUACAUAUUUUUCAUCACACUUUUAAGCAUCCCGGAGACAAGCUUCAGCAUUGCAUUCAAGAUGUUCGAUACCGACAAUAGUGGGGAGAUUGACAAGGAUGAAUUCAAGAAAGUGAUGAAUCUAAUGAGAUCCCAGAAUAGGUACGGGACCAACCACAGGGACGGGAAGAGGAAAAUGGGUAAGGCGACAGAGUCCGUGGACGACGGUGGACUACUUGAGUACUUCUUUGGCAAAGAUGGCACGAAGAAGCUGCAGCAUGAAAGAUUUGUCCAAUUCCUAAGAGAUUUGCACGACGAGAUCUUGCGAUUGGAGUUUGCUCAUUACGACUGCAGAUCUCGGGGGACGAUACCAGCCAAGGACUAUGCGCUGUCCCUAGUUGCAUCGGCAGACAUCAGCCACACGAACAAGCUCCUCGAUAGGGUUGAGGAGAUCGACAAUGAUCCCUCUCUCCGAGACGUGAGGAUCACUUUCGACGAGUUCAAGGAUUUCUCUGAUCUCCGCAAGAAGUUGCAGUCCUUUUCCCUGGCCCUCUUCAGCUACGGAAAGCUCAAUGGAUUGCUCACAAAGAAGGACUUCCAAAGAGCUGCUUCUCAGGUAUGCGGAAUCAAACUUACGGAUAACGUGGUCGACGUGAUAUUUCACGUGUUCAACACAGACCGGGACGAGCACCUGAGCUCGAAGGAGUUCGUGAGGGUAAUCGAGAGACGUACGAGCCUCGAGGCACACCUCGGGAGGCAGGAAUUAAGGGAUUGGUCUCUUGUUGGACCAGUUGUGCUGCUCGUUGCAAGUCUUCCAAGCUUCUCCUGUAAAAUCAUAAUCUCCUUUGAAUUCUGAAUCCCAAUUCCAAGUUCCACUUCCA